AUGUCCGAGUACACAGCCGCAGCCGCCGGCACCGCCGCUCUCGACGCCAGGGACUGGGACACGGCCAUCACCAAACUGACCCAGGCCCUCAAGUCCGCUCGCUCGCCCAAGUGGCUCAUCGCCCGCUCCAGAGCCCACAUCGGCAAGGGCGACUUCGCCAACGCCCUCCGCGACGCCGAGUACGCCCACGCCGCCGCCGCCGCCCGCGGCAACCGCGACCUGAUCCGCGAGUCCCAGUACCGCCGCGCCGUCGCCCACUUCCGCCUCGGCGAGUACGGCAACGCCGACGCCUGCGCGCGGUGGGCGCAAGGCCUGGUCGAGGGCAAGCAGUCAUCGGACCCGGAGUUCAAGAAUGCCGUCGUCAACAAGGACGGCUUCGCGAUCGCGACGAGGACGCAGCUCGAGGCGGGCAUGCGGCUCGCGGAGGAGCACAGGAAGAACAAGGAGGGCGGGAUCGUGGGUGAUAAGUCGCCUAGAGAGCUCAAUGCCGCGUGCGCCCUGAGGCUGCAGAUUCUGAGCCAGAUGGAUAAGCUCGCUGCCGAUGACGAGAAGAGGAGGGUCACGGUCAAGUUUGCGCCCAGUGUCUCCAUGGACAACUUUGCCGCGGGUGAGGAAGCCGCGCGCGAGAAGACUACGGGGAAGGAGGUCAAGGACGAGAAGAAGGUGGAGAAGGAGGAAGUCAAGGCUGCUGCGGCCGAGUCUGUUCGCCGGGCUCCUCCUGCCCAGACCGAUGUCCGCGUGGACUUUUUCCAGAGCAACAACACCGUCUCCGUUUCCGUAUUCGCAAAGGGUGUACCCAAGGACGAGUUCAAGGUCGAGUACGGCGAGCAAGAGUUGCGCAUGAGCCACAUCCCAGGCCACGAGCCCUGGUACACGAUCCCCCUCUGGGGCACCAUCGACCCCGCGGGCAGCAAGCACACCGUCACCGCCAACAAGGUCGAGUUCCAGCUCAAGAAGGCGGAAGUGGCGAGAUGGCCCGCCCUCCGCCGCGACCCCUCCGCCGCCGCGACCAAGGCCCCCGAGCCGGCGGCCCCUGUCGCAGCUCCCGCGGCUGCUGCCGCCCCCGCGAAGACCUCCGAAGCCUCGGGCCCCUCGUACCCCACGUCUUCGAAGUCGGGCGCCAAGAACUGGGACACGGUGCUCGCCGACGAGAACGACGAGGACGAGAAGGACAUCAACGCCUUCUUCAAGACCCUGUACAAGGGCGCCACGCCCGAGCAGCAGCGCGCCAUGAUGAAGAGCUUCACCGAGAGCAACGGCACCGCCUUGAGCACCGACUGGGACGACGUCAAGGGCCGCACCGUGCAGACGCAGCCCCCCGAGGGUGUCGAGGCCAAGAAGUGGGAGGCUUGA